GGGUGGCUAAAAGGGGAGCCCAGGUCCACCGGCCUGAAGGUACCAAGUGGUGACCCGGGCCGGGAGCCCAGUGUCCCUUGGGGCCAAUCCCUGGCCAGGCUCUGACCUUACAAUAGGCUGCGGAACCCUGUUUCCCAGGAGACCAGGAGGGUUGCUUGAAAGGAGCCUUAGAUCAGCUGACAUCGCAGACACCUGUCUCCUUUGGAGAACUGCCUUCUUUGGAUCCAUUGAAAGCCGAGGGAACGGGUUUCUGCCUCCCCUGUGGUGGCACCAUGGCUGGCUGUUUCACCUGCUGCCACAGAAGGAGCAGAUCUGAAAACAAUACAAAGCUGCCUAAGACGAAAGAGGAGCCACAGGAAGGGGAAACCCUCCCUGCUGCUCCUGCGACUCCUCCUGCCCCAGAUCCAGAGCCCCAACAGCAGGAGGUCAAGCCACUCCUGGCCAGCCCCCCUGCGGAGACCCUCCUGGACCCCACCAGGGGCUCCCUGUUGCUUCUGCAGAAGCAUCUGCAAGUCCUCAAGGAGAUGCAGAGCCAGUACCUUCAGACAGAAGUGAAGAUCCGCAGCGCUUGCCAUCAGUUCCCGCGCUCCCUGCGGGCCGCCAGUCUCCAGAUCUGCCGCACCCGGCGGAGGCUCAUCCGCACGGAGGUCCGCCUGCAGCGUCAAGCCAGCAGCCCUGGUGUCUGCCAAAGCCCCCCAGGUCCAAGCCUGUCUUCUUCGAAGCCCACUUUGGAGUCGACUUCGGCCUCCAGCUCUGGGGAGGUGGUCUCCAUUACCCCCACCACCUCCAGCUUCUCCCUCCCGCCCCACCCGCUUUCCCCGCCUCCCCCCUCCCCGCCCCUCCUCCAGCCAGAUCUCAGGGUCCUGCAAGAAGCAUUGGAGACCUUGCUCGAAAUUGAGGCCCACCAGCUGCAGGAGCGGAAAAGGGACAUUCGGACAUGCCAGGAGUGCCUGAGGUCCCUCCGGGAGCUGAGGGCGCAGCUGCAGAAAGUGCGGAGCAGACUCUGGCGGGUGGAGGCCAUCCUGGGCAUUCAGGUGCCCCCCAGGGAGCUGGAGGUGGGAGAGCAAGAGGAGGAGGAGGAGGAGGAGGAAGAAUGAGCCCCUCGCAGGCGCCCCCAGCCAAAUUCAGAACAUCCAAAUUCUCUCCCUCCUCUGAAGAUGUUGGGCGAUGGAUCUGCUGUUUAUUGUCUUCUUCGCACCCGUUACAAGUAACUAA